UCCGCGGAGGAGGCGCUCUGUUCGGCAGGAAGAGUCUCUGCGGCAGCUCUGUCCACGCGCCAGCUAUGGCCCCUGCUCCGGCCGUGCUGACCCGGCUGCUGUGUGCAGGUGUAUGGCGCCGGCCAGAUUUCCUGCAGAAGGCGGCCCCGGGCCUGGCCGGGCUAAAUGGCAGAAUGGUGACGGUAGCCCAAGUCCCCGUGGUCAGCGAGCCCCAGGACGGCGACGAUCCCCAGAGCAGGAUCCUAGAUGUGCCACUGCAGCAUUCGGACUUCUUCAAUGUCAAGGAGCUGUUUUCUGUGAAGAGCCUCUUCGACGCCCGAGUACACCUGGGCCAUAAAGCUGGUUGCCGUCAUAGGUUUAUGGAGCCAUACAUCUUUGGUAACCGCCUGGGCCAAGACAUCAUCGACUUGGAGCAGACAGCCUCGAAUCUACAGCUGGCCUUGAACUUCACGGCCCAUGUGGCCUACCGCAAGGGCAUCAUCCUGUUUGUGAGCCGGAACCGGCAGUUCUCUCACUUGAUUGAGAAGACAGCCCAGGACUGCGGGGAGUAUGCCCAUACCCGCUACUUCAAGGGUGGUUUGCUGACUAAUGCACACCUCCUCUUUGGGCCCUCAGUCCGGCUGCCGGACCUCAUCAUUUUCCUGCACACGCUCAACAAUGUCUUUGAACCCCAUGUGGCUGUGAGGGAUGCUGCCAAGAUGAACAUCCCCACAGUGGGCAUUGUGGACACCAACUGCAACCCAUGCCUCAUCACGUACCCUGUCCCUGGCAAUGAUGACUCACCUCAAGCUAUCCAUCUCUUCUGUAAGCUCUUCCGGACAACCAUCAACCGAGCCAAGGAGAAGAGGAGGCAGAUGGAGGCACUACAUCGGCUGCAGAGUUCCAAGGGGUCCGAGGGCAGUGGGACGUCUUCUGUACCUGAUAAGAGCCAUUCCCCAUGACAGGAACCCCUGCUCCCACAGUAGAUAGCCAAGCCUAUUCUGAGCGGGAAGUUCCUUAUUCAGCCCUGGCCCAUUCCCCAUCUUUAGCACCAGAGUCCUAUUAUUUCCAAGAUUUGACCACCCCAGAGUCCUGAAUUAAACCUUGUCUGCCUCUUUUCUGGGAACAAACACAAGUAAAGUAUAUAUCCAGA